CACGCAAGCUAUAAUAAAGGUAUCCCUUUGUUUGGAGAAGGUUUUUGUUUCAUGCCAUGACCAUAACCCAAAGCUGCUGGGGAAUACAUGUCACUCCACACCCCUAGGAAGAGAAUCUCGUGAAUGACCUCCUCCUCACUCCCACUCCACUCUGCCGCAGCCAUCCGUGCUUCCAGCCCUCGGCGCCGCGGCGUGUUUUGAGGAUCGCGUCCCCCCGCGGCGGGCCUGGAUCCUCCUCGCGGCCGCCGGAGCCUGCCCGCGCCACCUAUCGGGGCGCGCCGCGUCCCUCAUCCCGGCGGCUAUUCGCUGAUAUUGAGCCCUCUAACUAACAUGGCCGCAUGAAUUAGUAAUAGUGAGGAACUUGUGAGCUGAAAGACAGAAAUUUGCAUUGUGUGACCGUUCCAAACAAAGAAUUAUAUGUACGCUGGACACUCUGAUAUGCAGCGAAUGAAAGGACAAGGAACCUCAGAUGGCAGACAUGACCAGAGCCAGCACCGACCCCUGUGGGACUCCACUGAUUACUUUCCUCCACGAGGACCUCACACUCCUGAUCACCGUCCUCAUUUCCCUAUUUUCCAAAAAGUCGUUCAUCUGCCUCAAAAGUCCUCCUCCCAGUCCUCCAAUGUGUUGCCAAAUGGGCCCAAAGAUCAGAAUUACUCGUCAUUCCAGAGUUACACAAGUCCCAUGACAUCAUCGAUGGCCGCGGCAGCUGCUGCUUCUGACCCGUAUAUGUCCUCUUAUUACAUGCCCUCCACCCCUUAUCAGGCAUUUGGAGUUGGUGAUGGCACUUGGAGCAAUGGAGGUGACCAUAUGCAAACUUUCCUCGGAGGUUAUGGUGGACAAAUGGGAUAUGAUUCACACAGUGCUAUUGAUGGCAUGUUUGGUAGUGGCAGUUUUGGUGGAUUCAACCCUCCCGGCUUUAACUACGGCUUUCAUGGGAAUGGUGACUACAGCGCAUGGGGAGGAUCUGAUGUACGAGGGGGAAACAAACCUUACGACGAUUACUACCAGCGGGAUAACCUUUACACUGAUGAGCGAGUAAAGGCUCUUGACCAAGGUGUCCAAGGACUCACCACAAAUGAUCCUAAGACAGGUCAAGACCUCCCCAGAGAGGCUGGGUCGGGAAUUGGAAAAAAUGGAGCGGCAAAUGGUAACACAGGGGUUGAGGUUAAGUCAAAUGGGGGAAGCCCGGGGGGAGAGUCAUCAGUUGGCCUGGGCCAGACUAAAAAGGGUAUGUCCUGGGCCAGUAUUGCAUCUCAGCCAGCCAAGCCUCAGCCAAAGGGGCGCCGUGAUAAAACAUCCAUGUCUUCAAUUGUGCCUGGCCGCCAUAUGGACAUUGGGACGUGGGAGGGUAAGAAUGGAAGUGGACCAAAGCCUGUUGCUCCCCCUCCAGUGCCACGCCCAGCCUGGGAAGCUCCAAGAGGGGGGUCGCGUUCCACCACCUCAACAUCAUACUCCACACCACCACCUCGAACUCCACCCCAGGUGCCUCCUCCCCAGCAGGUGCAGCAGCCAGGGCCACAGCAGCAAGGUGCACAGCAACCAGAGCAGCCCCCCUUGCAAACUUUGCAGGCAUCUCCCCAGCAGCACCAACAGCACAUCCAUCAGCAGCAUGUACAUCAGCAGCACCUGCACCAGCAACAGCAGCAGCACUCUCAGUUGCAGCAGCAACUACCGUCACCACCACAACAACAACAGCAACAUCAGCAGCAGCAACAACAGCAGCAGCAGCAGCAACAGCAGCAGCAGCAGCAGCAACAGCAGCAGCAGCAGCAGCAACAACAACAACAGCAUCAGCAUCAGCAGAACCCUCCACCCCCACUACUCCAGAGUGGGGUUAUACAUGCACCCAUUGAACUCCCCUCCUCCCCUCAGAGUGGUCCCCCAGUGCCAGUGUCACAGCGACCCCCAUUGCCCCAUGUCCCAGGCCAGAUUCCCUCAGAGCUUCAGCCAGAUGACCCAAUCCUUGAAGGUCUUCGUAUGCGUAAUGAUUACAACCCAAAGGACUUUGAUCUUAAUCCUAAAAAUUCCCGUUUCUUUGUGAUUAAGUCAUACUCUGAGGAUGACAUUCAUCGUUCUAUUAAAUAUGAAAUUUGGUGCUCAACAGAACAUGGUAAUAAGCGAUUAGAUGCUGCAUUCCGUGAGCGAGAAGGCAAGGGUCCUGUGUACCUUUUCUUCUCUGUGAAUGGAUCAGGGCAUUUUUGUGGUGUGGCUCAAAUGACUUCAAUAGUGGACUAUAAUUCAUCAUCAUCAGUGUGGGCUCAAGAUAAGUGGAAAGGACAGUUUCAUGUCAAGUGGAUUUAUGUAAAGGAUGUUCCUAAUAACCAACUACGCCACAUACGACUGGAAAACAAUGAAAACAAACCUGUAACAAACUCACGUGACACACAGGAGGUACCUUAUGAAAAAGGCAAACAGGUGCUGAAGAUUAUCAAUCAGUAUCGUCACACUACUUCUAUAUUUGAUGACUUUUCUCACUACGAGAAGCGCCAGGAAGAGACAGAGACUCGUAGGCACCCAGGAAAUUCAUACAAGGAAAUGGAGCGAGAUGAUCGCCGGGGAGACCGCAUUGACCACCGUGACCAUCCCCGAGACCAUCCCCGAGACCACCGUGAUCACCGGGACAGCCGAGACCACUAUCAUCGUGAUCACAGGGAUCAGCGUGACCACCGUGAUCAUCACCGUGGAGGAAUGGGUGGUGGCAGGGGUCGAGGAGGGCACCAUCACCCUCACCACCGUGGUGGAAUGCGCAACUAAGCAUAAAGCUGAUCCACAGUGAAUAUAAACUUCAUACAUGCAUACAUACAUUGUGUGCACACUUACACACACACACACAUACACAUACACACAUACACAGGAAGUUAAAUGUGGUGAAUGAACUUAAAAAUAAUCCAUAUAUAUAUACACACACCAUUGGCUCAUUUUGAAAGACCAGUAGAGCAGUCUUAACUGGCAAGUUCAGUUAUUAAGAGACUCCAAGCUGACAAGUGUUCAAAGUGAAUGUGCUGCUAUUCUGGAUUCUAUGAACUAAGUGACUUCUAUUGUGGAUAAUGGACCAAGGAGGUUUGUUUGCAUCCACCUCACGCCUCUUGGAAACUAGUGAUUUUUUAAGUGUCACCAGGAACAAUAAUGUUGCAUAUAACACAUCACAGUAUGCUCUACUAUCCAGCCACCAGUACUGCUCUGCAACUGUGACAGUGUAGCAGUGCACUGAAACACUGUUUUCGUCCACGGACCAAGUUUUGACGGGCACCUUUAAGCACCAAACUUCUACACCAGCCUGUUUGUCAGCUUGAGUGAUAUCACAGAAUAAUAAUACCUGAUGAAAAAAAUGUUUUGGGAAGAACACUUGGCAUCAAGAACUACAAAGAACAUGCCACCCUCAUUGUUAUCCUUUUGUUUAUUCACUGUUGUGGUUAGGGGAAUGGAACACAAUCUAUAAAUAUAUAAAUAUAAAUAUAUAUAUAUAUUUAAUCUAAUUCUCCUAUAAUUGUACAACUGCAACUUGAUUUUGGAGGGCCUGAUGACUGACAGACCCACAUGGGGGACCUGAGAGCUACCAAGCAAAAUGGAAAAAUUGGGGCCUCCAACUGCCUCACUCAGUCAAAUAACAAUUGAACAACAAUAAUUUCUGCCUGUGAUUGGAUAUAUAAAAGUGAUCUUUUUAUUCACCCGUUUACAAAGUUGGAAAGUGUAUAGUGAAAAGAAGUGAGUGAUUUUGUUCUGCAAGACAUGGACAUGGAGACAGAAAACCAAUUUUUGAAGAAGACAGGUGACUACAUUUGAAGAUUGGUAUCAUUGGCUUGGACCUGGGACUUUGGAGAAAAGUGAUGGAAAAGUGAACAGUAUAUACUUUGGUGUUUAUUUCAUAGUGCCUGAGAGAAUGGUAUUGUGUAGUUUAAAAGUGAUAUUGUAAAUGAUAUUGAAUAUAGUAAAACCUUGAACCACCUCAGACUCAACUUGGUUUGUCUCAGCAGUGCCUCAAUUAAAUGAAAUAACUGUAGUUGUUAGUGUUCACAUUUACUAUCAUCUAAUUGAUAAUGUAAGCAAUGUUAUGGUUCAGUGGAAUCAUCUAUUCAAAUAAACUUGCUUCAAAACCCAUCAUAUAAGUGGUGUAAAUUGAGAAAAGUAACUAUAGUGACCUUGUUAUCAUGAAGUGUUUGGUAAAAUAGUGUUAAUCAAGAAUAUUUAGUAGGACAGGCCAAUGAUAUUCAUAUGGUUUUAGAACUGGGAACGAAGUCAAAAAGUUGGUAAAUGCUUGGUGCUGUUGUGAAGGUCACUGCUUGGAAUGCUGGCAUGCAUCAAGACCACCUACCAUUGUGUCUCGACCUUGACCUUGCUGUGCUCAAGCCAGAGAAGCUGUAAGCACCACUCCAUCUAUGGUCAGGCUCUGUUUAGCUGCCUCUUGAUUGUCAGGGAUGUGUCAGGGAUUUAGCUUUAGAGGGAACAGCUUGCAGAGCAAAUACACCACUUAAACAAUGUUGUACUUGCCAUAGUGGCACUUACAGUUUGUAUGGCUUGGGUAUAAGUGGCUAUUCUUGCCUUAUUUUUCUAAGUUGACAUGGAUCAUUUUAAAGUUAUGGUAAAUUUGGCCUUUUUCCUGUAUUUUCUUUAUUACAGCAUGGUGUUUCACCUAAUGAUCACCUUUUUUUAUUAAUUAAAGAAUGCUUGGAAGUCUAAAUGAUCUACCCUCUUAGCAGUAUUUUUUUAUGCAUAAAUGAUUAAUAGACUGCCCUAGACUUCCAUAACACCAUCUGGUAUUUAUUGGAAUAUAAUGUAUGCAUUGCAGAUGAUAAUUAUAUGUGAUUCUUAGCUCUUUAAUCAAUAACUUACCUUGGAAGUCUGAUGCAAGUCUUUUUUUUAUUAUAUAUAUAUAUAUAUUUUUUUUUUGUGUAGCAGGUUAAAACUGUUACCAUCAUAUGGGGAACUCCACCAUGCUGCAAAAUAUCUUUUGACUUUUAUGCAUUAUCAAAACAGUAGAUUUAUCAAAGAGCACCGGUUGUAAUUAUGGAUAUGGUGUUGAGUUGUUCUUAAGAUGGUGGUAGCUGGCCCUGCUAGUGUGGUUUUCUCCUACUAUUUGUCCAUAUAACCAGUAGCUUUACUGUGGGUGCCUGUGCGUGGGUUUCAUUGGUAUUUUAUGUAUUACCAUCAUGUUUGUUGUAUUAAAACUGAGUAUCUCAGCAGUCUCUGUAUAUUUUUUUUCUUGUACACAGAUGUUCAGUUGACUAGAUCAUUAUAGUUCAUGUAUUGGCUUACAGCUUCAUUUAUAACAUGUCAGCAUUAGUAACUGCCUAUAAUUUUAGAAGUGGCACUGUCUGCUCUGCCCCUCAUUAACAUUCAAAGGUGUGAGGAAUGUUAUUUGUUGUAGUCACAAGAUUUUUUUUUUUUUUUUUUUUUUUUUUUUUUUUUUUAGGGUUUUGAACACCAUACCCAGUCAAACUUAAUUGGUUAGUAAUAACUUGGAUCAACUGUUGUUGGACAGGCAAGUAAUUUUAUGCAUGAUUAUCUUAGUCCUUGUAUAGUUAUGUAUGUAUGAAAGAUUGUUAUGCUAACUAAAUUUUCAAUUAAUAUGAGUUUUAUUGAUGUAUUUAUAAAUGACUCAUUAUGGACGUAUUGAUGAUUCUGCUUUAGAAUAUACGUUAUGAAUAUUUUAAUUUUCAGAAUUGAGUUUAGGAGUGAAAAUUAAGAUUUGAAAAUUGUUGUUACCCUUUGGUCUUAGGUAAAGUUGCAUAUUUCAGAUGAGGUAUGCUUAUUAAGAGAAUAUUUUGCCUUUGUUGCCCUUGUAUAGUAUUGAUAGUAUUAGUAAUAGACAUAGUAAACAAUAGCGUCCAAGGUCAAGAACGAAUCUGUAAUGUGAAUAAUGAAUUGGGUGAACUGUAUAAUAUGGCAUUGAACUGCUCAAUUUUUAGAUAUUUUUGGCCUUAGGGAGGAUGUUCCUAUGAUCCAAAUAAUUGUAUAUAUAUAUAUAUAUAUAUAUAUAUAUAUAUAUAUAUAUAUAUAUAUAUAUAUAUAUAUAUAUAUAUAUAUAUAUAUAUAUAUAUAUAUAUAUAUAUAUAUAUAUAUAUAACAUGAUUGAAAGUAUAUGUCUUCAAGAAUGUUCCAUAUUCAGUAGAAUACAAUGGUGGAGCCACAUAUAAAUGUUCCCCAUCUGAAGUAAAGUGGCUGUCAUAAUUUGACAAUUAAUAUGACCAAUCAUUGGAGACUGCAUGGAGGUGCUUUAUAUAUAUAUAUAUAUAUAUAUAUAUAUAUAUAUAUAUAUAUAUAUAUAUAUAUAUAUAUAUAUAUAUAUAUAUAUAUAUAUAUAUAUAUAUAUUAUGGUGACAGUGAAAUCAAUGUGGAACAUAUGAAAGUUACCUAAUUGACAGCAGAUUGAUUGUCCGAUAAUUACAGAGACCAGGAAAUUGCAUGCCUAUUUACAUGUGUGCUUUUGUGUAUGUGUUUCUGAGAAAGAGAGGGAUGUCACUGAUGAUUACAUAUAUAUAUAUAUAUAUAUAUAUAUAUAUAUAUAUAUAUAUAUAUAUAUAUAUAUAUAUAUAUAUAUAUAUAUAUAUAUAUAUAUAUAUAUAUAUAUAUAUAUUGAAGGGGCACUGAUGAGUUUAAGAAAAGGAAAUUUGUGUUAGGAAAAUGAGGAGGGGCAGAGCGGUGUGGUUAUGUGGUCUUGGCAGGUCCCACCUGUGGGAAAAUGUUCAUCAAUAAAACAAGCUGUACACAGGAAUUUAAGAGUCUUCUUGGUGCCUUUCCAUACCAAAUUUUGAAGAUACUUUUUAAAUAUAUUCCAUAAGGUUUACCAUUUACCAUAAAUAAAAUUGGUAGCACUCCUGUAUGUCCUAUCAUGUACAAAUUUUAGAAAAUACAAAUCAAGUAAGGGUGUAAGCACUUGUACUGUAUGUGACUAAAGUGCCACUUUUAUAGAGGUUAUAGGUGCAGUACAUUAUUUAUGGUUGGUGGUUCCUGGAGCAUUAGUGUUCAAUAUAUCUAAAUUUACUUUCAACUAAAUUCAUAUUAACAAUCUUAUGAUCAUUUUGUGAACACUUUGGUUAACCAGUUUGUGUUGCUGCAUAGGCAGCAGGCUUAUCUUAUCUGUGAUUUUUUGACAAGUGAAAGUAAGAUUUCUGGCCAGAUUUUUACUGAGUUUAACUUGAGAUAGCUGCUACAUGUGUUUUGUUUGGCUAUUAUGUAAAUAUUAAAAUUAUUUAGGGGUAUUUCCAUACCAAACCAUUCUCAUCUCCACACAAUCACCGUCCAGACUAAAAGACACCUCUGAUGGGCCAUUCGUUAAAGAAUCAUGAAAAUUUAAACAUUUUUAUGUAAUCCUAUUUAUUGUCUUCCCUUAAUUUUCAAAAGAGUAAUUUUAUCUGGGACAGAAGCAGGUGGGUGAGAGCACUUCAAUAAAAAUCAUAAGAAUAUAUUGACGCAAGAAAUAUUUUUGUAAGGACAGUGUAAAUGUCAUAAAAAUAAUUGUCUUAUUAAUAAUCAAUAGCAAAGUUGCCAAUUUUGCAUAAUAGUCAAUAUAACUGUAAAAAAUAAGUUUGUUCUGUAGCUAGAAAGGGCAUAAAUAUCAUAUUAGUUGUAAUGGUAUCAGUUGUGUGCUUAUAUAGUAUGAUUGUAUUGGAAAUUAACACUAUAAAUAUUUGGCUCCUGCAGCUAAUGUUAAAGGGUAGGUUUGUAUGCUGGGCUGUUUAGGAAUGUUAUAUUGCAGCAAGUUUUAUAAAAAUUUAAUGGUGAGGAUGGAGAUAAGAGUAUAAGCAGUGUAGAACUAACUACAUAUAUAUAAUUUUGUGUUAGCAUGAAUAACUGCAAUACGCAGUCAUAAAGAAGGGAGAGAUGAUCCCUCAGAACAUCUAGUACAAUUGUACAGGAAAGGCAUGAGUACUUGAAGAGUGAAAGACUAAGAAACAAGAAAGUGAUCCGUGCCUCAGGAACAUAAAACCUGAAAUGGGAUGCAACAGAAAUUAGCCAAUGGAGAAAAGAGGCAUGCCUUGCUUCUUAACACUAACGUGCAUAUAUGAUGACAAAUAUGUGAAUUCGGGGGUUGGAUAUAUAGAUUAUAGGAACAAUUGAUUAACAGUACAACUAAUAGAGAAUAUCUAAUGGGAUCACCUGCUGUCCCAAUAGACAGGAUGACAUAAGGGAAAUUUGUUAGAGAGCAUAGAGCAAGGGGCAUGCUACAAUCCCUCAGAGAUGACUUGUGAGGGUAAGGCAUCAAAGAUAAACAUAAUAAAUAAUUUACCUUUAUGAGAGACAUUAACAAAAACAAAAUCAAGGCUUUAAAGAUAGAAAGAAUACUGUGCAAUAUUGCAGCUAAUGUUGCUGUUUACUGUAUAGUAUUUUGCUUACUACAGAAAAUUUCAGGAAAUAAAUUUUUAUCAUCAAAUAGUCACCAGAGAAGAUGUUUUGUAUAUCAAAUACGAAAUUACUUAAUAGUAACAUGAAAAAGUUCUUAGUUGUCUAAUAAUAGUAUUAUGAAUCAGGAAAUGGUAAUUAUAUACAUAAUUAUAACGCAUGGAAAAAUUGUUAAUCGUGUGUGUGUGCGUGUGUGUCUCAAAGAGAGAGAGAGAGAGAGAGAGAGAGAGAAUAUGUGUUGUUAGCGAUAGGGUCCUCCUAGAUAUGAUAAAAUUGUGUCAGUACAUAAUUGUUGUUGGCUUCAUUCUAAAUAAAAUGGAAGGUAAUAG